AUGAAAUUAUACUUGAUUUGUUUUUUGUUUAUUGUGGAGGCUACAUUACACAAUGCGUUGGUUUUUAAGUUUUCGAACGUUAUUUGCGAAAGUCACAAUAAGUCAUGGUUUGUUUUCAACCAUUGCCGUCUAAAGGCGGUAAGCCGAGAUAGGAUCUUACUUAAUAUGGAGGGAACCGUUCUACAUCCGGUCAGUAAUGUGCAAGUUCACAUUAAAGUUUUCAAAAGGGCGAGUGGCUACAAGCCGUGGUUAUAUGACAUUCAGAUUGAUGCCUGUCGCUUUUUAAAAAGGAGUUAUAAUCCUAUUGCCAAAAUAGUUUACGGUCUUUUUCGAGAAUUUACAAAUAUCAAUCAUACGUGUCCAUUUGUGGGUCCCCAAAUUGUUAAGGAUUUUUAUCUGAAACCAGAGUUGCUACUUCUUCCUUUACCAACUGGAGACUAUAUGCUAGCAUUACGAUGGUUAUUUUUUAAUAGGAUCCAAUUCGAUACAAAUGUUAGUUUUGUUUUCGUUGAAGAUAUUGCAACCAAAAAAAAAGUUCAUUAAUCAGUAAUAUUAUCUCCAAGGCAAUAAAAAAAUGUUUUUAA